AAAUGGGAGGGCAGGGGCAGUAGCCUUCUUUUAGAGUUGGACAUUAUUUUUGUUUUCCUCAGCCCCGAGCUUGGUAAGCUGGGCACUGUUCUUCCUCUCUGCUUUGCCUCUUUGACAUCUCGCUGGCAGGUGCUGUAAGCAGCAACAGAUUCCAACAUGUCAUCUAGGAGACUGCCAUUCUACCAAAAGAGGCACAAGCACUUUGAUCAAUCCUAUCGCAACAUUGAGACACGAUAUUUGCUCCAGGAAUAUGCAGCAAGGAAGGCUGCUUCUAGACAGGCAGUUUCCUAUGACACAUCUUCCAGCCUAGGAAAAACAACCUGUCGACUUUGUGCCCGGAGGUUUCAUGGCUCAUCUGAAGAGUCACAGGAAUACCAGAAAAGAAGUCAUGAGCAAACCUCUCAUUCAAGUGAACAGAGAAGAAUCCGGUUUACUAAUGAGCUGGCUUCCUUGGAAGAAGAGAUUCGCUCAGCCAGACUUCUUGCAAGAGAACAACUGGAUAAAGUCACCAUACAGAGGAUGGUAGAAGAAAAGAUGGCUCUGGAAAGAUAUGCUGUGGAAGAGACAAUAAGCCGAGCCCCGGAAAUUUUGGUACGGCUCCGGUCUCAUACUGUUUGGGAAAAGAUGUCUGUGAAGCUAUUUUUCACUGUCCAAGGAUUUCCCACCCCUGUUGUACAAUGGUAUAAAAAUGAAGAAUUGAUUACCCCUGCGAGUGAGCCCGGAAAAUACAGAAUUGAAAGCAAAUAUGGAGUGCAUGUGUUGGAAAUAAACAGAUCCAGCUAUGAUGACACCGCUACAUAUUCUGCAGUUGCAACAAAUGUACAUGGACAAGCAUCCACCAAUGCUGCUGUCAUUGUGCGGAGGUACAGAGGAGAUGAAGAGCCAUACCCUGCCGGAAUAUUCCCCUUUCGAUUACCUCUGCCAGAUGUAUGCUUCACCCAUUUCGACGUUCAUUUUUUGGAGAGGUUUGGUGUCACCUUUGGCAUGGAGGGUGAAACUCUCGCCCUUCGAUGCAGUCUCCUGGUCACGCCAGAGCUGACUCGUCUCCGGCCUCGUGCUGAGUGGUACAGAGAUGAUGUGCUAAUUAAAGAAACCAAAUGGACAAAGCCCUACUUUGGAGAAGGCCAGGCAACCUUGUCAUUCAGCCACCUGAACAAGGAUGAUGAAGGCUUGUACACACUGCGCAUAGUGUCAAGAGGAGGAGUGAACGAAUAUGGCGCAUUUUUGUUUGUGAGAGAUGCUGAUACCGUGGUAAUUAAUGCACCUGGAGCACCAAUGGAUGUGAAAUGCCAUGAUGCCAACAGAGAUUAUGUUAUUGUUACUUGGAAGCCACCAAAUACGACCCACGAGCCUCCAGUUAUUGGAUAUUUUGUGGACAGGUGUGAAGUAGGCACUGAAAACUGGAUCCAGUGCAAUGAUGCUCCUAUCAAAAUCUGCAUAUAUCCAGUGACUGGAUUGUUUGAAGGGCGUUCCUAUGUCUUCCGUGUGAGGGCAGUCAACCAAGCUGGUAUCAGCAGACCAUCUAGAAUCUCUGAAGCUGUGGCAGCACUUGACCCUGUUGACUUGGAGAGGUUACAAACUAUUCAUUUAGAUGGAGGCAAGCAAAUUGUAAUCUAUCAAGAUGACCUUGAAGGCGAAGUUAAGAUUCCAGGACCUCCCACCAAUGUACAUGCUUCAGAAACCAGCAAAACAUAUGUUGUACUCAGCUGGGAUCCACCUGUUCCCCGUGGCAAAGAGCCAUUAUCAUAUUUCAUUGAGAAGUCUGUUGUUGGCAGUGGAAGCUGGCAGAGAGUCAAUGACCAAGUGGCAGUGAGAUCUCCUCGCUACGCAGUGUUUGAUCUUGCCCAAGGGAAGACUUACGUGUUCCGAGUUUUGUCAGCGAACAAGCACGGGAUUAGUGAUCCUUCUGAAAUAACACCUCCUAUUCAAGCACAAGAAUCUAUUGUUGUUCCAUCUGCUCCGGGACGCAUAGUGGCAACAAGAAAUACAAGAACCUCUGUUAUUGUACAGUGGGAUAAGCCAAAACAAGAAGAAGAUCUGUUUGGCUAUUAUAUUGACUGUUCUGUGGUGGGUUCGAAUCACUGGGAACCCUGUAAUCAUAAGCCAAUCAAGUAUACCAGGUUUGCAGUUCAUGGCUUAGACACAGGAGAGAAAUACAUCUUCCGUGUAAAAGCUGCAAAUGCGGUGGGAAUGAGUGAAAAUUCUCAGGAGUCUGAGCCUAUAACUGUACAAGCAGCCCUCACUUGUCCAUCAUAUCCCUAUGGAAUCACACUUCUCAACUGUGAUGGGCAAUCAAUGACCAUUGGCUGGAAACUUCCAAGAUACAGCGGGGGAUCAAAUAUUCUGGGUUAUUACAUAGACAAACGAGAGGCUCAUCACCACAACUGGCAUGAAGUCAACUCUUCUCUUACUAAAGAGAGAAUUUACAUGGUAGAGGAUUUGAGAGAAAACACAUAUUAUGAAUUCAAAAUUGCCGCUGCAAAUAUAGCUGGCGUGGGACAGGCAUCUGAACCCAGUGACCAUUUCAAAUGUGAAGCUUGGACAAUGCCAGAGCCGGGUCCUCCCUAUGACCUUACAUUUUGUGAGGUCAGGAGCACAUCUCUUGUGAUUCUUUGGAAGGCUCCUAUUUACAUUGGCAAUAGCCCUGUUAGUGGAUAUUUUGUGGACUACAAGCAAGAAGAAAGUGAAGAAUGGAUCACAUUCAGUGAGAAACCAACAGCACGCCGUUAUUUGAAGGUUACUGAGUUACAGGAAGGCAGCACGUAUGUAUUUCGAGUUCGUCCUGUGAAUGAUGCUGGCAUUGGCAAGGCAUCGGAUAUUUCUGAAGCUGUGUUGGUUCAGGCUAAACCAGACACCAAGGAAAUCACUGCAGGUGUGGAUGAAGAAGGUAAUAUUUACCUUGCUUUUGACUGCAAAGAAAUUACUGAUGCUUCUCAUUUUACUUGGAAUAAAUUCUAUGAAGAGAUAGAUGAUGAGAAGUUUAAAGUAGAAACAAUUGGAGAUCAUUCUAAAUUAUAUUUCCUAAAGGCUGACAAAGAUGAUUUGGGAACAUACUCUGUUGCCGUCAGUGAUACCGAUGGUGUUUCAUCCAGUUUUAUUAUGGAUGAGGAAGAGCUUGAACGUCUGAUGACACUAAGCCAUGAAAUAAGGAAUCCAACAAUCCCUCUGAAGGCGGAAUUAGCCUAUGAGAUUUUGGACAGAGGGCAGGUUCAUUUCUGGCUUCAGGCUGAGAGCCUGUCACCAGAAGCGAGCUACAGAUUUGUCAUCAAUGACACUGAAGUUGUCAACAGUGAUACUCACAAAAUUAACUGUGACCAUUCAACUGGUGUUAUUGAGAUGGUCAUGGACCGCUUUACUAUUGAAAAUGAAGGUACCUACACAGUACAGAUUCAAGAUGGGAAAGCCAAGAAUCAGUCAUCACUGGUUCUUAUUGGUGAUGCAUUUAAAGCUGUGUUGGCUGAAGCCGAGUUCCAGAGAAGAGAAUACCUGAGGAAACAAGGUCCUCAUUUUCUGGAGUAUUUGUAUUGGGAUGUAUCAGAAGAAUGUGAAGUGCUGCUUCUUUGCAAGGUAGCCAAUACGAAGAAGGAGACUGCUUUCAAGUGGUACAAAGAUGAAGCUGGGAUUGAGCUGGAAGGGUUGCCUGACCUGCAGAAAGAACUGAUCUGCAUGACUAUUCCGAGGUUGUCCAAAAAGGAGCAGGGUGAAUAUAAGGCAACACUGACAGAUGACAGAGGUCAAGAUGUCUCUACUCUGAAUGUAUCAGGGAAAGUAUAUGAUGAUAUGAUCCUUGGGUUGAGUCGAGUCAGUGGUAAAUCUGCUUCUGAGCUGAAGAUCCACUGUACUCCAGAAGGAAUCAGACUUCAUUGUUUCCUGAAGUACUACACAGAGGAAAUGAAAGUGAGCUGGUAUCACAAGGAAUCUAAGAUUUCUUCUAGUGAAAAAAUGAGGAUUGGAGGUAGUGAAGAAGUUGCCUGGAUGCAGAUAUGUGAGCCCACAGAAAAGGAUAAAGGAAAAUACACUUUUGAGCUAUUUGAUGGAAAGGACGCCCAUAAGCGAACUAUUGAUCUCUCUGGACAAGCGUACGAUGAUGCCUAUGCAGAAUUCCAACGACUCAAGGCAGCUGCUUUUGCUGAGAAGAAUCGUGGUAAAGUAAUUGGCGGAUUGCCUGAUGUUGUGACUAUAAUGGAAGGAAAGACCCUGAACCUGACUUGCACCGUCUUUGGUAAUCCUGACCCUGAAGUGGUCUGGUUUAAGAAUGAAAAGCUUCUUGAACUUAAUGACCAUUACGUAGUUGCGCUGGAUCAAGGAAAGUAUGCCAGUUUGAUCAUCAAGGGGGUGUCAUCAGAGGACUCGGGAAAGUACAGUAUAAAUGUCAAGAACAAGUAUGGUGGUGAAAUGGUGGAUAUCACUGUAAGUGUGUACAAACACGGCGAAGAGUUGCCUGACAUUAAACCUGCUGCACCUGGGAAAACAAGGCUAAUACCAGCAGACCCAACUCAAGAAUCUGCAGUUUCUAAACCUGCAAAAAGUGGCAGGAAGUAGAUUUGGGUGUGUUUGACAAAUAAAAAGCUAGAGAGAAGCUGUAGGAGUCCCCCCCACCUGAUAGUGUUUCUGCAGUA